AUGGCAUACACAAACAUAGAUGGCUCAUUUAGGGAACAAUAUAAACGCAUUUAUGAUUAUGCAAAUGAACUUUUAAGGUCAAAUCCGGGGUCAACUGUAAAAGUUCAUGUUGAAGAGAAUGAGGGGAACCCAAUAUUCAAAAGACUUUAUGUUUGUCUGAAGGCCUGCAAAGACAGUUUUGUGUCUUGUAGGCCCAUAAUUGGUGUAGAUGGCUGUUUUUUGAAGGGCAAAUAUGGUGGUGAGUUGUUGACAGCUGUAGGAAGAGAUGGAAAUGACCAGAUGCUCCCUUUGGCAUACGCAGUAGUUGAGGUUGAAAAUAAGGAGACAUGGAAUUGGUUUUUGGAUUUAUUGAUUGGAGACCUUGGUGGGCCUGAACUUUGCUGCACUUAUACAUUUAUUUCAGAUCAACAAAAAGGACUGCUCCCAGCAUUGCAAAAAUUGUUACCUGGUGUGGACCAAAGGUUUUGCGUGAGGCACAUCUACUCUAAUUUCAGGAAGAAAUUUCCUGGGAAAAAUCUGAAGUUGUUGUUAUGGAAAGUAGCCUACUGCACACAUCCUCAAGCAUGGGAGGCAGUCAUGAGGGAAAUUAAAGAAGUUAAUCUGGACGCAUUCAAACACUUGUUAGCCAUCCCCCCAAGGUUUUGGUCUAGGUCCAGAUUUACAGCCACACCUGCAUGUGAUACACUGGUGAAUAAUAUGUCUGAGGGGUUCAACAGUACAAUUGUGGACGCAAGGAGCAAACCAAUUAUAAGUAUGAUGGAAGAAAUUCGGAUUUAUCUCAUGAAGAGAUGGGCAAGCAAUAGAAAGAGGAUUAGUACAUUUGAAGGUACAAUCUGCCCACGAAUUAAGAAGAGGAUGGAAGAGGAGGCAAAAAAGACUAAAUAUUGGCUCCCAAGCUGGUCAGGACAAAGAUUAUUUGAGGUCAGUCAUAGGUCAAUGAUUGGAGAACAAUUUGUGGUUGACAUUGACAAACAUGAAUGCAGCUGUAGAAAGUGGACCAUAACAGCAAUCCCAUGCUGCCAUGUGCUGACUGCUAUUAGAUUUUUAAAUCUGAAUGCUGAAGACUUCCUUCCACAUUGGUUUCUUGCAUCUACGUAUGAAGAGACUUAUUUGUCACUCAUAUACCCUGUCAACGGGCCUCAUCUGUGGGAGAUCACUACUGCAAAUGAUGUUUUGCCUCCAACAAAGAGGGUCCUUCCAGGAAGACCGAAAAAGAAAAGAAGAUUGGAGGCUUGGGAAUUGAGGAAAGAUGACACUCAAUUGAGACAAGGUGGUACCCGUAAAAAAUGUGGGUUGUGUAGACAAAUUGGCCACAAAAGAACAAGCUGCCCACAUGCUCCUCCUGCACCAGCAGAAACUGGUCCAUCUGGAACACAACAAAACACACCUGCAGACCCUACUCAACCAAGCCAGAGCACUCCACAAACUGACCAUACUCAACCAAGUCAGCCUAUUCCACCAACUCAGUGUACUCAACCAAGUCAGACUACAGAAGUCUCACAGCCACAGAAUCAUACUCUUCCAACACAAGCAAGUCAAACUCUACCAACACAAGCAAGUCAGACUACUGCAGUCCAUCAGAUGCAGUCUACUACAAUAGCAGCCUACAGAGAAAAAUUGUCCUUCAGGAGGGGCCCAAUUUAA